UGGCUGGCUGGCUGGCUUCUCGCACAUGUUUCCUCCGCCAAGAGGAAUUGAACGACGCUCCCUUAGCAGGGCAGGACCCAACCCUCUCUUAUGGCUGGGUCCUGAUUCAGAGGUUAGGAAUUUGCAUCUGAUUGCUAUUUUGUCAUCCUAUGAUUUGUCUAUCCAGCUCUGUGCACGCCUUAGGCAUCGAGGGAGGAGGAGGAGGAGGAGGAGGAGAAGGCCAUGCAAUCGCUUGUAAAGGGAAACUUACUAAUCCAAGCCAGAUAAGGGAGGCGGCAUUAAAAGCGACGCAAUUAAAAAAAGGAAGGAAGAAAAAGAAAGGGGGAGGGAGGACGCCACAGCGAGGAAGAAAAAGAAGAAAGAGAAAAAAAGGAGGAAAGAAUCUGUCUGGAAGAUCAAAAAGGGGGAAGGAGGAAGCAUCGCGCGUGGACAACUGAGCGGCCCAGCUGGAUCAGAGACUGGGUUCCGGCAGGGAAUAAAGGAACCAGCCAGAAGGAAAAAUGCGGCUCCCCUCGCCUGCCUCUCUGCAAGGACAGGCUUUUCACUGAUGCCUAGAUGACGAAGAAGAGGUGGACAACUCACAAUUUGCAGAUUGCCCCUAAGCCCUCUUUGGAUGGAAAGAAACGUGGCAAAAGAACAGGGUUAAACUUCAGUUCAGGUUGGCGCAAAGCAACGUGGUUGUGUAGAACGUGGGACCUUGAACUUCAGGAUCACGGCUAAUUUUUAAAGCAUCAUGGUAUUUGAAUAGCCUUUUAAAAAAUAAUCUGUGCAAAUUCCUUUCUGUACAAAUUGACUUGCUGUCGUCCUCUUGCUGUGGAAAGAGCCGCCUUUUGGAAGUGGUUAAUGGUCCCACGGGCUUCUCCCUAACCCAUAAGACAGUGCAGUCUUGUAACUCUUUUUAAAGUGAUUGCCCUCCCCAGAACAUCUGGGGCAGAGGGCAUCUCCCAGCAUUCCUCACGGCGCUGACCCCGACUGAUCGCUAUUCUACAGCCCCUCCCUCUCCUGUGCAAAGCAUAGGCUCCUCCCCUUUGGAGCCGUGCUCUGCCCCUCUGACUUCCUCUGCCAGGACACUGCCCCCUGCAGGCAGAGCCAUGAAGCUGCAGGCCGUCAUGGAGAACCUGCAGCGCCAACAACGUGCCCGGCUGCAGCAAGAGAUGGAGGCGCGGCAGCAACAGGACCAGCCGCAGGGCAAUCCUCUGCCCCUCCCUGCACCAAAUCCGACCACCAUGUUGUCAGCCCCUGGCAUCACAGCGUUGCCCCGUGGCCGCAGCCAGGACCCUCCUCUCUCUGAAGAGGGGGGAGAACCUGACACUGCCCGAAUCCAGAGGGCACAGAUAGCGGCCCUGGCAGCUAUGCGGGCAGCUGCGGCUGGCCUCAGACAGUCAUCCAGCCCAGUUGGGUCGGAGGAGAGCCAUUCUUCAGAGGAGGAAGAAGAGCUUGUAGGGGAAGAAGAGGAGGAAGAAGAGGAGGAGGAGGAAGAAGAUGGUGAAUACCCCCGAGAAAUAGGCUCAGAAGAAGAGGACAUGAAGGGCAAGUGGGUUGAAGAUUUUGAAGAAGACCUGGGUGAGGAGGAGGAAGAAGACUAUGAGGAAGAAGAAGAAGAAAUGGUGGAGGGAGGGCUUGGCUCCAGUGCAGUGGCUACAUCAAGCCCCGGCACCCCAUUUCUGCACAAACAACAAACCCCCCAGCAAUACCGAGGAGAACCUUCCAGACUGGUAGGGGGGCAAGAACGGGGCCAUUCUGGGGUUCCCCAGCAAAGCCUGUCACAGUUGCAGCCUCAAGUCCUGGACCAUGGAGAUUGGACUUAUGAAGAACAAUUCAAGCAGUUAUAUGAACUUGAUGGAGAUCCGAAAAGGAAAGAAUUCCUCGAUGACCUCUUCAGUUUUAUGCAGAAACGAGGGACCCCUGUGAACCGAAUCCCAAUCAUGGCCAAGCAGGUGCUGGAUCUUUAUAUGCUCUACGUUCUGGUGACCGAGAAGGGAGGCUUGGUGGAAGUGAUCAACAAGAAGCUGUGGAGGGAGAUCACCAAGGGUCUGAACUUGCCCACCUCCAUCACCAGUGCCGCCUUCACACUGCGUACCCAGUAUAUGAAGUACUUAUAUCCGUACGAGUGCGAGAAAAGAGGGCUGAGCAACCCCAAUGAACUCCAAGCAGCCAUUGACAGCAACCGGCGAGAGGGCCGUCGGCAAGGAUUCAGUGGUUCAAUCUUUACCUAUUCUCCCAGUGGCACUCACACCAUGUUGUCUUCACCCAAGCUUCAAGUACCAACCUUGGGACUGACCUCAGCCACUAAUGGCAGCCCCAUUGCCCCUGUUCCAAAAAUCAAGAAAGAGGAAGAUUCUGCAAUUCCUAUUGCGGUGCCCACCCGCCUACCGGUCUCACUCGCAAGCCAUCCUGUCGUCGCAGCGCAGGCUGCAGCUGUGCAAGCCGCCGCCGCCCAAGCUGCUGUAGCUGCUCAGGCGGCAGCGUUGGAACAGCUACGGGAGAAGUUGGAAUCGGGGGAGCCGCCAGAAAAGAAGAUGGCACUUGUGACAGAUGAACAGCAGCGUCUGAUGCAACGGGCAAUCCAGCAAAACUUGCUCGCCAUGACCGCUCAGCUGCCGAUGAGCAUCCGGAUCAAUAGUCAAGGGGCCCGCUCACCAGAAAAUCGCCAAGACUCUUCCAUGAAUCUAGCUGCCAAUGGCACCAGUAGCAUAAGCAUGUCAGUCGAGAUUAAUGGCAUCGUGUAUGCAGGAGUGUUGUUUGCCCAAACUCCAGGAGCAUCGUCUUCUCACAAUAAAGGAAGCGCCAACAGUGGGCGGAGUUCCAGCAGCACUGGCAGUGGUGGCGGCGGGGGUGCAACAGGUGGCACGGCAGCAGGUUCCCAAGUCGGUGUGCCCCCUGCACCGACUUCUACCUCAACCAACUCCUUAUCGCCUUAAACCCACCACACCUCUUCUUCCUCCUCCAUCCCGCCAAAAUGAAGACACUGUUUGGACAGGACAUUUGAGACCGGCCCUCCCCUUCCCUGUUUCCCCCGUGUGCAGUGGGGGAGUUAAAUUGUGCCUUCCCCACCCUCUGAUACCCCUUAGGCAUCAGGGCCUGCCUGAUACAUUUGGAUGGGGUUUUCUUUGGAUUUCGGGGCUGGAUGGGGGUGGAAUCAGUGAUGAACCUUACCACACGUGGCAUCCAGCCAUGGACAUUGAGGGGUAACAAGCAUAGUGCAGGGGGUCCCUAAAGGUGCAAACUCCCCCCUCCCCACCCAGGCAGCAAGGAAUUCAGGGAUGGUACUGUCCUAGGAUGGGACAAAGAUUCAGAAAACAAAGUGCAUUUUUCCAAUGUAGCUGAAAACCAAACACCAAACAAAAUUCAGGGGAAGUGGAGUACGUGGAAUGAUGGUUUUCUCCUGUCCUCCUUCCUCUGCUGGUUUUUUUCCCCCCCUUUCUCCCCUUUAAAGCAUUUUUUACCCACUUGGUAUUCUCUGUUUAGGGUUGUGCUCCAUGGGGUUCUGGGCAUUGCAGUUCCUGCAUACCCAGAGGGCACCAAUUUGGGGAAGGCUGUUCCUAGUGAAUACAUUGGAAAGAACAACCACACAAAAGUUAAGGGGGGUUGGAGGGGUGUUGUUAAAUUCUGAGCCGGAGCAAUACUGUGCAGACUUAGCUUUUUGACGUGAUGCAUUGUAGAUCCAUAACUCCUUACCUCAUGC